AUGUGCUGCACGCAAUGGCAAGAAGGGCAGAGAGAUGUAGGGAAGAUGCUCGACUCAGCCACCCGCCUCCACAACAUCACCCCGCACUCAGCGAUAGGUACCUCACCGUACGAGGCGUUGUUCGGUAAACCCCCAGUGCUCGACGCCCUGCAAGAGGUGACACCGUCAGUGACGGAGGAGGAGCGCAGAGAGAAUCACAACAUGCGGCUCCGAGAGCGAAUGACGGAGGUAAUGCUCAGGGAGCGCCCCCUGGAAAAAGAUAGUCCAAACGACCUCAAACAAGGAGACCUAGUGGUAGUUCUUAAUGACCCAGGCUCCGCAGCCUCGUCGCUCAAUGGCCCAGAGACGCCCAGAUGGUUCGCGUCACGUUGGUCACUCCCGAUGAAGAUCGAGCGGACACAGGUGGAGGUAGAGCAAUACGGACAGCCAGGCUCAACCUUCAAGGUACACAAAGAAACAGUCCGAAAGUUUAAGAAAAGCGAGGAUCCCGAGCUAGAAUCGUUGACGAGGGAGUACCUGGAGAGGAUGGGCGACGAGCCGGAGGAGCCGGUAGAGGAAAAGAGUACGUACAGGCGCCUCAGGAUCUAUAUUGACCCAGAGACCCGCGAAGGUCUGGAGCACUUCCUCGGGAUUUCAGCGGUCCCGUAUUGA